ACUGGGCUUUAGGGCAAAUCACACUCGAAUUUAACAGAUCCUUUCGUCUCGGAUUCUAGGGUUUGGUUCCGCUUCUGCGUCUCUCUCAGGGUACUACUGUAACUCGUCAAAAUGACCAAGAGAACCAAGAAGGCCGGUAUUGUCGGGAAGUAUGGUACCCGUUAUGGUGCUAGUUUGAGGAAGCAGAUUAAGAAGAUGGAGGUCAGUCAGCACAGCAAGUAUUUCUGUGAGUUCUGUGGAAAGUACGCUGUGAAGAGGAAGGCUGUUGGUAUUUGGGGUUGCAAAGAUUGUGGCAAAGUCAAAGCAGGGGGUGCCUACACAUUGAACACUGCGAGCGCUGUGACUGUUAGGAGCACCAUUCGAAGGCUUAGGGAGCAGACAGAGAGUUAGAGGCCCAGUUUUGUUCUUCUGGUAUUUAAUUUGGAGAUACUUUUACUGUUUAAUGCGACAUGUGAGCUUGUAUUAAAUGUUUCAUCUUGCCAGUAGUGAUGCAUUUUGUCCUGAUGUUUUUAUUAUCUAAAAGAAUGUGUUGGUGUUCUGAAAUAUUUGGUUUUUUGUUAACAUCUGAAAACUAUUCUUAGACUCAUCAAAUGUUCAUUCCUGAUUCCUUUCUGGAAGGUGGAAGGUGAAUUAUUCUUGUUUAUUUAA